UCAUUUCCACAAACAACUCCUUCAACUUCCAAGCUUUCAUCCUACAAAACCAAACCCUCCAAACAGAGGCAGAGAUUUUCUUUCUACUUUCAUAUCAGAAAACCAAAGGAAAUUAACAUGCCAGAGCAAAACUACCCCACCUAUCCUUUAGGACCAGCAAAUGGUCACACAAGAAGCGAUGGAGAGUCUCAGCUGUCCGCUGAUGAGCUGAAACGCAAGAAGAAAAUCAAAAUGGCUUUGGCCAUAUAUAUUACUAUUUUUGUUGUGUUUCAGAUCAUAGUUAUCACCACAAUGAGUCUCACUGUCAUGAAAGUAAAGACCCCCAAGUUCAGGCUAGGCAACAUCAACGUCCAAAGCUUGGAAUCAACGCCUUCAUUCGACUUGAAAUUCACAACCCAAAUCAGGAUCAAGAACUCAGCCAACUGGGGUUCCUACAAGUUCAAAGCUGGAAAUGUCACGUUUCAACACCAAGGCCAGACUGUGGGAGUAAUUGAUAUCGCAAAGGGCAAGGUUGGAUGGCUUUCGACCAUAAAAAGAAAUGCGAAUGUGAGUUUGGAUUCAACUGCAAUAACCGAAUUGAGCAGCGGGGUGGUGACGCUCAAUAGCGUUGGUAGAUUGGAAGGAAAAGUUGCAAUUAUGUUCAUAAUGAAGAAGAAGAAGGCUACCAACAUGAACUGCACCAUAGCUUAUGAUGUGAAAGCCACGUCCGUCAACUCUGUAGACUGCAAGUGAAAACAGAUCUAGAUAUAGUAAUUUGUACUUGUUUUAUGUUUCUGCAAAUUUGAACUUCUGCUGUUUUUUAUAAAUAAAAUUGCUUGGGUGUAUAUGCAUAUCAAAGUAUAAUUUUGUAGUUGUGAUUUUUUAUUAUAUACAGAUUGUUAGAGCUGUCUUUUUGUUUUU